AUGACAUCUUACAAUACAUCUCCACGUUCUCCUGUUCCUCUAAUAGCGGUUGAUAAUGUUAUUGUUUCUUCACCGGGUUCGGAUUAUUCUGAUAGAAGUAGUAAUUCACCGAGAAAUGAAGGAAGAAGACUUCGAGUUCAUGAAUUAUUAGAUGCUAACCCUCAAACAUCAUCUUCUUCGGCACCUUUUUCAUUUCAGCUUCCUUCGAUUUCAAGCAAUGUUAAUAAUAAUAGUCUCGAUCAUGAUAAUAUGUCAAUAAUAGCAGCAUCACUUUCAUUUUCACCUCACACUUCAUUACCACCAAUUAAUUCAACAAAUCCACGAUUCGUUCAACAUUUACAAAUUCCAGACACAUCUUCACAUCUCUUUGCAUCCGAAGCUCUUUCUUCCCAUAAUCAACUAUUAUUAUCACCGAGUACAUCUUCUACUCCGAAUUCUGCAAUCACACCGACACAACCACCUCCUUCUCCUUUACUCUAUGGUGCAUCACCGACGAUGUCAUCUCCAGGAACUCAGGAAGAUCAAAAUGAUCAAUUAUCACCAUUGACAUUACACGAACGUCGUGAGCGAAAUAAAGUUGCUUCUGCGAAAUAUCGAGCAAAGAAACAUAAACAAACACAAGAAAUGAGUACACAGAUUGCAGAAUUAAAUUCACGAAUCAGUGCUUUAACCGCGGAAAAUGGUUUGCUUUGUCGUCAAGUACAAGAAUUGAAAAAUGAAAAUAUCGACUUAAAAGGUAUCGUGGAUGAUCUCAAAAGUCAACUUGUCGAGGAUAAAAUUCUGAAAAGAUUGGGAAGAUCUGGAGUCGCCUCAAAAAAUUCUCUAAAAACAAGUACAACCGUCGCAGGAAAACGAGAAAGAGCAAGACAUGGAAACAGUGGUCAUGCCAAGGGAACACUGGGAAAUAAUAAACCAUCUUCAUAA